UCCACCUCGCCUCUCAGCUGAAGGCUUUGACGGCUGCGUUUGCGGCGCUGCUCCUCCCAGGAUGGCUUCCCUGGUUGUAAACAAGCCUGGAGCGGGACUAGACAGUGGUCGGCAGGGCACCCGGGGGACGGCUGUGGUGAAGGUGUUAGAGUGUGGAGUUUGUGAAGAUGUGUUUUCUUUGCAAGGAGACAAAGUUCCUCGCCUUCUGCUUUGUGGCCACACAGUCUGUCAUGACUGUCUUACCCGCCUCCCUCUUCAUGGAAGAGCAAUCCGUUGCCCAUUUGAUCGACAAGUAACAGACCUGGGAGAUUCAGGUGUCUGGGGAUUGAAAAAAAAUUUUGCUUUAUUGGAGCUUUUGGAACGACUGCAGAAUGGACAUAUUGGUCAGUAUGGAGCUUCAGAAGAAGCCAUUGGGAUAUCUGGAGAGAGCAUCAUUCGUUGUGAUGAAGAUGAAGCUCAUGUCGCGUCUGUAUAUUGCACUGUGUGUGCCACUCACUUGUGCUCAGACUGUUCCCAAGUUACUCAUUCCACAAAGACGUUAGCAAAGCACAGGCGAGUGCCUCUAGCUGAUAAACCUCAUGAGAAAACCAUGUGCUCUCAGCACCAGGUGCAUGCCAUUGAGUUUGUUUGCUUAGAAGAAGGUUGUCAAACUAGCCCACUCAUGUGUUGUGUCUGCAAAGAAUAUGGAAAACACCAAGGUCACAAGCAUUCGGUAUUGGAACCAGAAGCUAACCAGAUCCGAGCAUCAAUUUUAGAUAUGGCCCACUGUAUACGGACCUUCACUGAGGAAAUCUCAGAUUAUUCCAGAAAAUUAGUUGGAAUCGUUCAGCACAUUGAGGGAGGAGAACAAAUAGUGGAAGAUGGAAUUGGAAUGGCUCACACAGAACAUGUACCAGGUACAGCUGAGAAUGCUCGAUCAUGUGUCCGAGCUUAUUUUUCUGACCUACAUGAAACUCUGUGUCGUCAAGAAGAAAUGGCUCUAAGUGUUGUUGAUGCUCAUGUUCGUGAAAAACUGAUUUGGCUCAGGCAGCAGCAAGAAGAUAUGACUAUUUUGUUGUCCCAGGUUUCAACAGCCUGCCUCCAUUGUGAAAAGACUUUGCAGCAGGAUGAUUGUAGAGUUGUCCUGGCAAAACAGGAAAUUACAAGAUUACUGGAAACAUUGCAGAAACAGCAGCAGCAAUUUACAGAGGUUGCAGAUCACAUUCAGUUGGAUGCCAGCAUCCCUGUGACAUUUACAAAGGAUAACAGAGUUCACAUUGGACCAAAAAUGGAAAUUCGGGUUGUUACAUUAGGAUUAGAUGGUGCUGGAAAAACUACUAUUUUGUUUAAGUUAAAACAGGAUGAGUUCAUGCAGCCCAUUCCAACAAUUGGUUUUAAUGUCGAAACUGUAGAGUACAAAAAUCUAAAAUUCACCAUUUGGGAUGUAGGUGGAAAACACAAAUUAAGACCAUUGUGGAAACAUUAUUACCUCAAUACUCAAGCUGUCGUAUUUGUUGUUGAUAGCAGUCAUAGAGACAGAAUUAGUGAAGCACACAGUGAACUUGCAAAGUUGUUAACAGAAAAAGAACUACGAGAUGCUUUGCUCCUCAUUUUUGCUAACAAACAGGAUGUUGCUGGAGCACUGUCAGUAGAAGAAAUCACUGAACUUCUCAGUCUCCAUAAACUAUGCUGUGGCCGUAGCUGGUAUAUUCAGGGCUGUGAUGCUCGAAGUGGUAUGGGACUGUACGAAGGGUUGGACUGGCUCUCACGGCAACUCGUGGCUGCUGGAGUAUUGGAUGUUGCCUGAUUUUAAAUGCAGCAGUUCAAAGUUUGUGGUUAAGUGUUAUUUUACACAUAUGAUGUUGUAGGAAAUUCUACAUCUCAAAGAUGAUAGUUAAUUUAGGAUAUGUAUAUAAAAGGAAUCUUGGGUUGAGAAUUCAGUACAUUAUUGUAUUUAAAAAAUUAUUCUAUGGUAAAAUUUAAAUAUCUGAGAUUAGAUUGAAUAGAGAUUUCUUGAAUAUACAUUCUUUUAAAAAGUAUUUUUAUUAUUUAAGUUUUUCAGAUUAUAUGUGUCCCAUAUAUUGGAAAAGAAGUAGUCACAGAGAAAGGGUAAGUGAAGGUUUGUUCUUUCAGUGAAAAAAUAGCAAACUGAGUGCCUAAUGGAACCUUUGUCUGAAACAUGGGAAGUAUAGCUUCUUUAGCCUGCCUUUUCAGUGAAUUGUGGCACUAUUUUAGUGGUAGAAAUUCAGUUGCUUAAUGCAUCUUUGGAUGAUAGGAUUACAUUACUUUCUGUUCAAUAUAACAGAACACCUUUAAUGCUAAGAAUAUAAGCUAUAUAAUAAAGUUAAUAUUUUAUAGUGUUUUAUUAAAAUUUUCUUCUACAAUGUUUUGUAUAAAACACAGUGAAACAGAAUGAAAUUUUAUCUAACUAGGCCUGACCGUCAGAUCAGUACUAAACUGAAGAAUGAUUAAUAAAACUGAAAGUCAUUUGAUUUUCACUAAGAAAUACCCAUUUCCAGGACUGAACCUAGGCUUAUGUAUAGUUUCCUAGGUCAGAACUCUAAAUUGGUCCUUCUAUUUUUAGUACAUUUAAAGUACUUAGAGUGUUUCUAAAAUAAUAUUGCCUUCUUCGAGAGAAUAAGUAAAUAAAGACUGUAAGUAAAAUGUGAUAAGUUACACAGAGAACCGGGGUUGGCUUUACAUGAAAGAUAGAGACCUAAAUAGAAAACUACUUUUACCUUAAGAGUUCUUUAAACAAUGGGGAAUGCUUAUUACCUAAUUGCUUUAAAAUAUUUCCCCAAAUAAGUGCAUUUAUGUUGACAAUACAAUAUCAUCAAGGCUCUUGAUGACAAGGCCUUAAAAAGGUAUUUAAGAGGAAAAGUAUGUGUAAAGAAGAAAAAGAACAUUCAAAAAGUUUACAUUUAUUAUGCAGUGUUCUGAGUAAAAGUUUAAAAAUUUUGUGCUCUUUACUGUUUUUCAUUUUUAAAGGAUAAUCUUAUGGAAGCAUGACUUAUUAUAUUUAAAUAGCUAGAUUGAGAUUUUGUGAGUUUUUUUUAAUGCUCUUUACUCUUUAGGAUGAAGUUGAAUCUUAAAUCUUAUUAGUUCAGUUGUUAGAGGGACAAUGAUGUCUGAUGACAAGAUGUGACUUUUAGGACUGCACUGUUUUGGUUCAGUCUUUUCAAAUGUAUUUGUUUGUUUAAAAACAACAAAACUUUCAGAGAACAAAACAUAAAAAUAGCCCAUCAGUGUUAUGGGCAAUAUGUAAAUAAGUAAAUAUAUUAUUUCGUCCUUUAUUUUUUAAGUAAAAGGUCAUGCUGUUACAAGUGUAGUUUGUAUGCAUAAAUAAUAUUUCUGAAUUAAAUUAUUUAAUAUUUGACUGAUUUCAGUAACUGUGAAAAAUAAAAGGUAUUGCAUAUGCCUGUGAGCCCUUGAACUGUUUUCUGUACUAGGUAAUUGAAAAAAAAAGGUAUAACACUAAUACAUGAACUUGCUUUCCUUGUAAAUUAUUAGGUUUGUUUCACCAAUUUUGCUAAACUUUGUAAUUCACAUUCUUAGCAUAUAACAGCACAAUUUAAAAUUAUGCUUAGACCUGACUAUAAUGUAUUUAUGAUGGUAGUGUGUUUGUAACUUUUUUCUUAAGGAAAUAUUUUUCUGAGGCUCCUAGUUAAGAUUGUGCUGUUUCCUCUGGGAAAUGUCAAAUUUAAGAAUGGGAGAAAUGUUUUAAAUUCAAUAUAUUCUGAUUGCUUCCUAGUUCUGAAUUUCUGUAUUGAGCCUAAAUAUUAUUGUAUGGUUUAUGUAAAGGAGGUUUGUCAAGUAUAUAGCCCUGGUCUAUAAUUCAGGAAUGAUUUAUAACCACCAGAAGCUAAUAUUUGCACUAAUAUGAUCAGUAUGGAAAGCAAUAAAAUGUUAAAAUCA